AUUUUAUUGGGAUGAAACGAGUACAUACAGCCAACUCAGGACAGGACAACUGUAGUUUCUGUGUAUGACGCGCCUUCUCUACUGACUGAGUACAAAACUAAGCCUUGUUUUAAAAAUCCAGGGAAAAUAUAUCCUAGUGCUUUAAUGAAUGAUUUUUUUUUCUGUUUUCUUUGCUAUCAUAAUCCUUAACGAGUCGUAAUAUCUAGUAUUCGCGCGCAACAACACUGCGAGGCGAGCUGACUGGAUCCGUGGUCUGAUGAGGAAGGAUGGCGGAGGACGUGAAGGGAGAGUCGGUGGCUUCUAACGAUGAGUCGGACCGAGCAGCAUCUGACGAGAGCCUAAGUAACACGAUGCUGACAGAAGGCUCCUGUCUUCUGCGGAGGAUGGAGAUCUGUGUUGCUGAAGCUGAGAAAAGGAGCGGUAAGAAUGCAGUCAGCAUGCAGGAGACCUACACUGUGUACCUGGUUGAGACAAGGCCAAUGGAUGCAAUCGCAGAAGGCCGUAAUCCACCGCCUGACUCUCUGUGGAGGCGAUACAGUGAGUUUGAACUGCUGAGGAACUAUCUGAUAGUUACAUAUCCAUACAUCGUGGUUCCUCCUCUGCCUGAGAAGAGGGUGAGUUCAGUGUGGCUCCUCAUGAAAAUGUCCAUGUCCCUCAUCCGUUGUUUCAAUACAGCAUUAAUACUGUGUCUACGUAUUAAUGCACCUCUCAUUUAUUAGUUAUUUUAUAUAUUCAGGCAUAACUUGCCCAAAUCAUCACCCUGGUGGGAAAGCAGCAUUGUGGCAUUGUUUGUUCACUUCAACACAUUUCCUGCUUAAACAGCCAUUCAGGCGUGCUUGGUAUCAUUGUCUUUCUGAAUGUCCUAAUGUGAACAAAGCAUCAGUUGUUGGACAGAUGGUCUCACAUUUGACCCUGGAAUAUUUUGACUCAGCUGACUUUUUUUCAACACAUCAGUGCAUCUUACUGGUGAUGCUGGAUAUUUCCUCCCUCAGUGGAGUAAUUCUCUGUCCAACAUGGUGUGACUCAAAGUACCUGAAGAAACUAGAACAGCAUGUCUUCUCAGGGAUUUGAUUCUGUUCUCUCGUUUAUUUAAAAAUAUGGUUUACAUCGGGUUUCAGAGCUGAAUGUACAGAACAGAUUCUUCUGUUCUGUACAUUCUGGAAUCUAAUCAAAAUCUUGAAUUUAAGUACUAAAUGAGUAUAAAUAAGAAUAGACAACAGAAAUAGAACAUAUACGCAUUUUGGUUUCCAGAUAUUUUCCCAAUUACAUUCUCUAAAAGAUAGAUCCAUCUAUCCAUCCAUCCAUGGAUGGAUAGAUGCACCUUUUCUUCAUUUACUCUGCCUGGAAUUGAUCUUGAUCUCUGUAGAAAUAUAGAUGAAAUCAGAUAUUUACUGAAGUUUUUGGUAAUUUAUUCAAAGUCAUAAGCUUACGUACUUUUAUGAUUAUAAUUCCCUGAAACCAUUUAGGAAAUCCUAGAAGAUGAUGUGAUGGAAUU